AUGACAAAGGAUAACCUGACAGCCGUUUUGCAUGGCAUUGAGGAUAUGCGUUUGGAGCAACGUCCCAUACCGGAUAUUUCCCCAGAUGAGGUUUUGGUGGCAAUGGAUAGCGUCGGUAUUUGCGGCUCAGAUGUGCAUUAUCUGACAAAGGGUCGCAUCGGGCACUUUGUGGUCACGAAGCCCAUGGUCAUUGGCCAUGAAAGUGCUGGCGUGGUGGCCAAAGUGGGCAGCAAAGUGAAGAAUCUCGUUGUAGGCGACCGCGUCGCCAUUGAGCCAGGCGUGCCUUGCUAUAAAUGUGAUCACUGCAAGCAGGGCAGCUAUAAUCUGUGCCCUGACAUGGCAUUCUGUGCCACGCCACCCUACGACGGCAAUCUGACCCGGUACUACAAGCAUGCAGCGGACUUUUGCUUCAAGCUACCCGACCACGUCACGAUGGAGGAAGGUGCUUUGCUAGAGCCGUUGUCGGUGGGCGUGCAUGCCUGUAACCGAGCCGGCGUGAGCUUGGGCUCUAAGGUGCUCAUCCUGGGCGCAGGGCCAAUUGGAUUGGUUACGCUAUUGGUCGCACAAUCUAUGGGUGCUACAAAGAUUUUAAUUACGGACUUGGUGCAACAACGUCUGGAUAUCGCCAAGGAGCUGGGCGCCACUCAUACUCUGCUGAUGAAACCUGGCGACACCGCUGAAAAUGUCGCGGAUCGUGUGCGUCAAGUAAUGGGUGAUGAGCCUGAUAAGUCAAUUGACUGCUGUGGAGCGGAGAGCACCACACGCCUUGCAAUCUUUGCUACACGAUCUGGAGGUGUUGUUGUUAUCGUGGGCAUGGGACCGUCAGAAAUGAAGCUUCCUCUGUUCAAUGCCUUGGCUCGAGAGGUGGAUAUUCGCGGUGUGUUCCGCUACUGUAACGACUAUUCCGCUGCCCUGGCGCUGGUUGCCUCCGGUCGGGUGAAUGUAAAGCGACUUGUCACACAUCACUUUAACAUUACGGAGACUGCGAAGGCAUUUGAAACAGCUCGUCUUGGCACAGGCGGUGCCAUUAAAGUUAUGAUACAUGUACAACCAAGGAAUAUCAAUAAUCCUGUCAAAUUUUAGGUAUACAUCAUAGUAAGCCCUGCAUCAUAGUUCAGAAAAAUGUAAUACUUGGUGCGUUACGGAACAAUAAAUUUGUUAGCUUGGUACAAAA